CCGCCAUCCACGCACAAGCAAAGAAGCAUGUCCCAUUUAAAUACACCCACGCAGCCCGAGCGCCCUUAGCCGCUCAGGGCGCGCAGCCCACACGCACCGCGCCUCGGGGCUUGGAGAUCCGCAGGUUGGGCUCCCGGACCCUGCAGACCCACGCGCGGAAGAUCGGAAUCCGGCGCUGUGGGGCCGGGGUGGGCGGGGGAGGCUGGGCCCGGGGCCUCUGGCGCGACACCCGCAUGAGGACGCGAGUGAAAUAGACCAAGGUGGAAUUUCCAAGGGAGAAGCUCCGGGGUGGUUUUGGUCCAUUUCUCCGGCGAAGUAGAAGACAUGGCGAGCGACUCCCCGGCUCGCAGCCUGGAUGAAAUCGAUCUCUCGGCUCUGAGGGACCCUGCAGGGAUCUUUGAAUUGGUGGAACUUGUUGGAAAUGGAACGUACGGGCAAGUUUAUAAGGGUCGUCAUGUCAAAACGGGCCAGCUUGCAGCCAUUAAGGUUAUGGACGUCACAGGGGAUGAAGAGGAAGAAAUUAAACAAGAAAUUAACAUGCUGAAGAAAUAUUCUCAUCACCGGAAUAUUGCUACGUACUAUGGUGCUUUUAUCAAAAAGAACCCACCAGGCAUGGAUGACCAACUUUGGUUGGUGAUGGAGUUUUGUGGCGCUGGCUCUGUCACUGACCUGAUCAAGAACACAAAAGGUAACACGUUGAAAGAGGAGUGGAUUGCAUACAUCUGCAGGGAGAUCUUACGGGGGCUGAGUCACCUGCACCAGCAUAAAGUGAUUCAUCGAGAUAUUAAAGGGCAAAAUGUCUUGCUGACUGAAAACGCGGAAGUUAAACUAGUGGACUUUGGUGUCAGUGCCCAGCUUGAUCGAACAGUGGGCAGGAGGAAUACCUUCAUUGGGACUCCCUACUGGAUGGCACCAGAAGUUAUUGCCUGUGACGAAAACCCAGAUGCAACAUAUGAUUUCAAGAGCGACUUGUGGUCCUUGGGAAUCACCGCCAUCGAGAUGGCAGAAGGUGCUCCUCCUCUCUGUGACAUGCACCCUAUGAGAGCUCUCUUCCUCAUCCCCCGGAACCCAGCGCCUCGGCUGAAGUCUAAGAAGUGGUCAAAAAAAUUCCAGUCAUUUAUUGAGAGCUGCUUGGUAAAGAAUCACAGCCAGCGACCAGCGACGGAACAACUGAUGAAGCAUCCGUUUAUACGAGACCAGCCUAAUGAGCGACAGGUCCGCAUUCAACUCAAGGACCAUAUUGACAGAACAAAGAAGAAGCGAGGAGAAAAAGAUGAGACAGAGUAUGAGUACAGCGGAAGUGAGGAGGAAGAGGAGGAAAACGACUCGGGAGAGCCCAGCUCCAUUCUGAACCUGCCGGGGGAGUCGACGCUGCGGCGGGACUUCCUGCGACUGCAGCUGGCCAACAAGGAGCGCUCGGAGGCGCUGCGGCGGCAGCAGCUGGAGCAGCAGCAGCGGGAGAACGAGGAACACAAGCGGCAGCUGCUGGCCGAGCGCCAGAAGCGCAUCGAGGAGCAGAAGGAGCAGCGGCGGCGGCUGGAGGAGCAACAAAGGCGAGAGAAGGAGCUGCGGAAGCAGCAGGAGAGGGAGCAGCGCCGGCACUACGAGGAGCAGAUGCGCCGGGAGGAGGAGAGGAGGCGCGCGGAGCACGAGCAGGAGUACAUCAGGCGACAGUUAGAGGAGGAGCAGAGACAGUUAGAGAUCUUGCAGCAGCAGCUACUGCAUGAACAAGCUCUACUUCUGGAAUAUAAGCGCAAACAAUUGGAAGAACAGAGACAAGCAGAAAGACUGCAGAGACAGCUCAAGCAAGAGAGAGACUACUUGGUUUCCCUGCAGCAUCAGCGGCAGGAGCAGAGGCCCGUGGAGAAGAAGCCACUGUACCAUUACAAAGAAGGCAUGAGUCCUAGUGAGAAGCCAGCAUGGGCCAAGGAGGUAGAAGAACGGUCAAGGCUCAACAGGCAGAGUUCACCCGCCAUGCCUCACAAAGUUGCCAACAGGAUAUCUGACCCAAACCUGCCCCCAAGGUCAGAGUCCUUCAGCAUUAGUGGGGUUCAGCCUGCUCGGACGCCCCCCAUGCUCAGACCAGUCGAUCCCCAGAUCCCACAUCUGGUGGCUGUAAAAUCCCAGGGACCUGCCUUGACAGCCUCCCAGUCAGUGCACGAGCAGCCCACAAAGGGCCUGUCUGGGUUCCAGGAGGCUCUGAACGUGACCUCUCACCGCGUCGAGAUGCCACGCCAGAAUUCAGAUCCCACCUCUGAAAACGCUCCUCUCCCCACUCGCAUUGAAAAGUUUGACCGAAGCUCUUGGUUACGACAGGAAGAAGACAUUCCACCAAAGGUGCCUCAAAGAACAACUUCUAUAUCCCCAGCAUUAGCCAGAAAGAAUUCUCCUGGGAAUGGCAGCGCUCUGGGACCGAGGCUAGGAUCUCAACCCAUCAGAGCAAGCAACCCUGAUCUCCGGAGAACCGAGCCUGUCUUGGAGAGCCCCUUGCAGAGAACCAGCAGUGGCAGUUCCUCCAGCUCCAGCACCCCCAGCUCCCAGCCCAGCUCCCAAGGAGGCUCCCAGCCUGGAUCGCAAGCGGGAUCCAGUGAACGUACCAGAGUUCGAGCCAACAGUAAAUCGGAAGGAUCACCUGUGCUCCCCCAUGAGCCUUCCAAGGUGAAACCAGAAGAAUCCAGGGACAUCACCCGGCCUAGUCGACCAGCUAGCUAUAAGAAAGCAAUAGACGAGGAUUUGACGGCAUUAGCCAAAGAACUAAGGGAACUCCGGAUUGAAGAAACAAACCGUCCGCUGAAGAAGGUGACAGAUUACUCCUCCUCCAGCGAGGAGUCAGAGAGUAGUGAAGAAGAGGAGGAGGACGGAGAGAGUGAGACCCACGAUGGGACCGUGGCUGUCAGCGACAUACCCAGGCUGAUACCAACAGGAGCUCCAGGGAGCAAUGAGUACAAUGUGGGAAUGGUCGGGACGCACGGGCUGGAGACCUCUCACGGGGACACUUUCAGCAGCAGUAUUUCAAGAGAAGGAACCUUGAUGAUUAGAGAGCCAUCUGGAGAGAAGAAGCGAUCUGGCCACAGCGACAGCAAUGGCUUCGCCGGCCACAUCAACCUCCCAGACCUGGUGCAGCAGAGCCACUCCCCAGCUGGGACUCCAACCGAGGGCCUGGGGCGUGUCUCCACCCAUUCCCAGGAGAUGGACUCUGGGACUGAAUACGGCAUGGGGAGCAGCACCAAAGCUUCCUUCACCCCCUUUGUGGACCCCAGAGUAUACCAGACGUCUCCCACUGAUGAAGAUGAAGAGGACGAGGAAUCCUCAGCCGCAGCUCUGUUUACUAGCGAACUUCUUAGGCAAGAACAGGCCAAACUCAAUGAAGCAAGAAAGAUUUCAGUGGUAAACGUAAACCCAACCAACAUUCGGCCUCAUAGCGACACACCAGAAAUCAGAAAAUACAAGAAACGAUUCAACUCAGAAAUACUUUGUGCAGCUCUGUGGGGUGUAAACCUUCUGGUGGGAACUGAAAACGGCCUGAUGCUUUUGGACCGAAGCGGGCAAGGCAAAGUCUAUAAUCUGAUCAACCGGAGGCGAUUUCAGCAGAUGGAUGUGCUAGAGGGACUGAAUGUCCUUGUGACCAUAUCAGGAAAGAAGAAUAAGCUACGAGUUUACUAUCUUUCAUGGUUAAGAAAUAGAAUACUACACAAUGACCCAGAAGUGGAAAAGAAACAAGGCUGGAUCACUGUUGGGGACUUGGAAGGCUGUAUACAUUACAAAGUUGUUAAAUAUGAAAGGAUCAAAUUCUUGGUGAUUGCCUUAAAGAAUGCUGUGGAGAUAUAUGCUUGGGCUCCUAAACCAUACCAUAAGUUCAUGGCAUUUAAGUCUUUUGCAGAUCUCCAGCACAAGCCUCUGCUAGUUGAUCUCACGGUAGAAGAAGGUCAAAGAUUAAAGGUUAUUUUUGGUUCACACACUGGUUUCCAUGUAAUUGAUGUUGAUUCAGGAAACUCCUAUGAUAUCUACAUACCAUCUCAUAUUCAGGGCAAUAUCACUCCUCAUGCUAUUGUCAUCUUGCCUAAAACAGAUGGGAUGGAGAUGCUUGUUUGCUAUGAGGAUGAGGGGGUGUAUGUAAACACCUACGGCCGGAUAACUAAAGAUGUGGUGCUCCAAUGGGGAGAAAUGCCCACGUCUGUGGCCUACAUUCAUUCCAAUCAGAUAAUGGGCUGGGGCGAGAAAGCUAUUGAGAUCCGGUCAGUGGAAACAGGACAUUUGGAUGGAGUAUUUAUGCAUAAGCGAGCUCAAAGGUUAAAGUUUCUAUGUGAAAGAAAUGAUAAGGUAUUUUUUGCAUCCGUGCGAUCUGGAGGAAGUAGCCAAGUGUUUUUCAUGACCCUCAACAGAAAUUCCAUGAUGAACUGGUAACAGAAGAGCACUUGGCACUUAUCUUCAUGGCGUUAUUUCUUAUUUAAAAGAACGUAACUCAUGUGGACUUAUGCCAGUCUAGAGGCAGACUCAGAAGGCUUGGUUGAACAUACCACUUUCCCCUUUUCCUCUCCCUCCACCGUUCCCAGUACAGUCCGUCUUUCAGUGUUGCAGCCUGGUUGAGAAGGAGAGAAAAAGGUGCAGGAAUUUCCAGGAGAUCCCCAAGAAUGCUGCGUUGUCUGUGGACAAAGAUGGACCAUGUGCCCUUCGGAGUUAGGGAUAGAAACAAAUAUUGUGUGCUCUUAUGAUUAAGCUGUGUUAUGGUGGGUUUUGACUUUUUUUUAACCUUUUUUCUUUACCCCCUUACUUUGUAAGACUGGGGAGAGAAUGCAUACUGAGAAAAUGAGUCUGUUUGUAAUUCUGUCUGCCUGCUAGCUUCAAGUAUGUGGUAUGUUGUAAAAUUUCCAGUGGUGAGAGACAGCACAAUAAAUGUACCUUAUCUCUUAAUGCGGAAGGCCAUAACUGCAUAGUGGGGUAAUUCAAGAACUCUCUUACCUUCACCAACUCAAGAGGUUGCUUUUCGAUAGCAACUGGCUAAUGAAUUUUUAAAAGAGAAGAAAAAUACUAGUUUUCCCCUCUUUUGGGAAAUAGAUUUUAAAUGGCUAAACUACUAGCCUUAGUCUAAUAAAAUCAGCUACCACUUUUGUGAGUCUGAUGGGCCAUAUUUUUAUAUGGCCCUUUACAGAAUGGAAUGUGUUGAAUGGGAUAUAAUGCCAGUGAGUUGAGUCGGCCUAGCAAUUGAGGGACACUUUCUCUCAGCUAUUAUAAAACAGAUCAUGGCAAAAGAUGGAAUGACAGAGGGGGUCAGACAGAAAGAGCUUCUGGGAAACAAGCUUACACACACACACACACACACACACACACACACACACAGUCUCUCUCUCUCUCUCUCUUUUUUACAUGCCCAAAGCCUCCCAGCUAAGAGGUCACUUGGUUUGAGCUUCACUAGGACAGAGACUUUGCUGAAUUCUUUCUGGUAAUUGGGGAGUGGAUGACAUCCAAGCUCUGGACAUUCCCAGCUCUCUCCUGAGGGUGCCACUUUCUCAAGAUGAAAACUGUGACUGAAAAAAAAAAUGAAUAAUACAUGUUUCUGAGCUGCCUGUGUUCUCCCUGGGUCCGUGAGAGAAGGGACUAGACUCCUGAGCCUGCCUCAAACACAGCAGGCAUCAUUGGCUCAGAUUUUAAAGAACUUGAAAGCAAGGCUUUGGCCAGAAUUCUGAGACCCUAAUCACUUUACCUUCCUCCAAAUUACCCAACAUACGGUAAACAACAUUUGUGCAGAGAUAUGUAUGUAUUUAGUUCAGGUUGACUUGUGUCCUUAUAAACUCUUACUCGAAUGAUUUGAACUUUUACGUGACUGUCUGGGAUUUUUUUUCCAAAGCUACAAGCAUGGCCACCUGUGGUAUCAAGGUGUUGCAAAAUGGUAUCUGUGUUGCUCUUCUUGUUUUAACCUACCUCGUUUUGUUUGUUUUUGUUUCACUGUUCAUCACAGCAGUGUUAUCUCCAGGAGACAUAUAGAGAGCUCAGCUGGCAAUCUCAGGUGUUUUCAAUAUUUUUAAAAGCGAACAGUAGUUGACCAAAUUGUUAAUUGGGAAAAAAAAUCCAAUGACAAAAACUAAUGUGGCUUGUUUCUGGAGAAAGUGAUUAUGGUAAACUGAUCAAAAAAAAAAAAUCUAUGAUCCUACUGAUUUUGCCUAAAUUCAUGAGCAGCUGAUGUACUAUUAAUGAGAACGAAAUACACAUUAGGAAAAUGGAGCCAUUUCAAUCUGGUGGUUUGGGCAAGGGGCGGGGGAAGAGAAGGGGAAAUAUUCUGGUUUAUAGAUUACAUGAUUAUUAUGCCCCUCUUGGAAAGGUGGUUGUCAUUUGCAUUUAUUUUUAGCAGGUAACACACUGAAAUGCAAUUGAGGAUUAUCUUCAGGCAAACCCCAAGAUGUCCUCUUCAUGGUCCCUUUAGCUCUCAAAAGCAAUGAAAUCCUCCCGUUCUCAUUUUUACUGCUGUGGUUGUGCUGCUGAUGUAUACUAUCUUCACAAAUUCCAUGCAACAAAUUCAGCAAUAACUUUUUUGGAUUGAAUUUAGCAACUACUGUGAUUGGAUGCUGACGUGGACAAAAUAUAUUGAUUUGGGUCUCAUCUCCAAAUGUGAUUGCCACCAGCUCUUUAUAUUGCUGCUGUGGUAUUUUAAACCAGAAGCUUCUUUAAAUUAUGUUGCAAACUGAUCUUUGUUUUUAUGUUUUGUUUUGUUUUUAUUUCUAAGUGAUAAGUUUGAAACACACAGCUUUAAAUGAUUUUUUUAUUGUGGGAUUUUGGGUACAGUUAAGAAAUAAAAGGGAAUCAUUGUGUUUAAACAUAAGGUAGCUUGUGAAUGUAUUUUUUAAAAUCUAGAUUCAUUGAAACAAAAAAAUCAUAAGAAAACAAUAUUAACGCAGUCUUGUUUACAGUAUGUACAGUGACAUAACAUAGAACAUGAGCUUUUCUGGUGCCAACAAUAAAACACAAACGUUAAACAUCAA